AUGGAAGCACUUCUCUUCCAUGACAUCUUCCAACAAGUCAUCUACGACCUCCUGCUGGCUGUCGGUUCCUUCCUCUUCAUCUUCAUCUUCAUGCUCAUCCAGACCAACUCCCUCUUCUUGACCUCGUUGUCCAUCGCCAGCAUACUGACCAGCUUCUUAGGCACUAAUCUGGUCUAUAGGAUUAUCCUGGAUUAUAAGUAUUUCGGAAUUUUCCACGUGUUAUCGAUAUUCAUUAUACUCGGUAUCGGUGCGGACAAUAUAUUUGUCUUCAACGAUACCUGGCGCGCUACGGGACACGAAGAACACGGGGACAUAGAGCAGAGGUUAAGCGCAUGCUACCGACGUGCAUCCAAGUCUAUGCUCAUCACAUCGCUGACAACGUUCGUGGCGUUCAUCUCCAACGCAUUCUCCCCCCUGCUUGCGGUCAACUCAUUCGGAAUUUUUUCAGCCGUGCUCGUGGUUUUCAACUUUUUUUCAGCCAUCAUCUUCUUCCCAACCUGCGUUAUAUUGCAUCACAAG